AUGAUAAUCAUCUCUUUAUUUAAUCAUUAUUCACAGAAGCUUCUUCAGCUUUUCGAUUAUACUUUCAUGCUUGCUUGUGCUACAAGUUCUUUGGCAACUUUAGAUCAAGGACUGAUAACAAAGUCUGUUGACAUUACUUUUGCACUUGCCAGUUCAGGAAUCGUGACAGCUUCAGCUGAUUGCUCUAUUCUAGCUACCGAUGUGGAGACUGGUGCUAGCGUUGCACAUCUUGAGCAUGCUCACGAGGAUGCUGUUAAUACUUUGAUAACCGUUACUGAGACAACAAUCGCUUCAGGGGAUGAUCAAGGCUGUGUUAAGAUUUGGGAUACGAGACAGCGCUCUUGCUCUCACGAGUUUAAUGUCCACGAGGAUUACAUUUCUUGCAUGACCUUUGCAUCUGAUUCAAUGAAGCUAGUGGCUACAAGUGGAGAUGGGACACUAUCUGUAUGUAAUCUCAGAACGAGCUCGAUGAGGAUAGAGUUAUCACCUGGAUGUGAUAAUGGAAUAAUCAGCCUCGUUGGAAUACUACCCAACAGAAUCAUACAGCCAAUUGGGUCUCACGAGUUCCCUAUUGAAGAUCUCGCUCUCUCGCAUGAUAACAAGUUUCUUGGUAGCACAGCUCAUGACAGUAUGCUCAAGUUGUGGGACUUAGAAGAAAUUAUAGAAGGUUCUAAUGGAAACGCAUCGGGAGGAGAAAGUGACAGCGACAACGAGGAGAUGGACCUUGACAAUGAUCCCAAGCCUUCCAGAGCUACUUUCUGGAACAUUUUGAAACAUUUUUUUCUUGAGAUAAGUAAAGGUACCAAGAGGAAAACAAAAAGUAAACCAACUCCUGUGGACACUAAAACUAGUUUCUUCGCAGACAUGUAG